CAGUUGAAGUGGGCCUUCAUCGACUGCGAAUUUCUUUUGAGCAUUGCGCCGCGAUCUCGAAGCCUGAAUGAUGCUAGAAAAAUAGGCUCCGAGUCAACCGAAAAAGUCUGAGGGGAGAAGGAGAUCGGACACUGCCAAGUACUAUCGACAAACCGAAAUUAUAUGCCUCCGGCUGCUAUGACAGUACCUAUGGCGGUUUUGGUAUCUGACACGUCAACACAAACUGCCGCAAAGAUCCGUUCUGUGUUCAGACAGGUCUGGAACGAGUACUACGCAUGGGAAGCCGUACUUGCGAGCAAGGCACUGGCGUCCAUUCAUACCGAGCAGAAGAAGGACCAAGAUCGACAGUCCUUUUUUCGUAUGGGCGAGCAUCUGCCCCUAGUAUCCAGGGAUUCAAAUCUUCACAAGUCGGUUGACGGCUCAAAGACGAGGGAAACGGAGGCGUUUACGGCCCUCGAAUUUGGCGACCAAUCUGCGACGCUCGAAGACACGGUAGUAGACGUGGAGGUUCUCUCGUUAAAGGAUUUUGAGCCUUGCCCGUCCUACGAGGCUUGCACGCCAAUCCCAGCUAAUGUGCUCCAAGGAGACGACUCCAGCGACAUGCCUUUCAUACCACUAGCAGACGAUCCGACGUUCGAUGCAACAGACCAUUGUUUGGACUAUGACAACUUCGCUUGGCAGGUCACCCAUGUCGACUCCGAUUUGAACGCGAUCAUCCUCGAAACUGCUCUCCGGCUGCAUUACAAACACGGCAUAUCAAUAGCACACAUAGAUGAAGCGAACGUCCUUCCGAGACGGCUCAAAACCUGCUCGGGUGUUUGGGGCGUCAUCUGGCUCAGUACACAAAACGACAUAAUCGACUGGCCGGGAUCCUCUCGAGCGGACUAUCCCCCUCUGUUCGACUCGGACUUCCCCGUUCCAGACGCGAUCGACCUCCGCACGCGCCUGCAGGACCAUCUCACGCUGGUCUGUCCGAACCUGAGCUGUACGCAUGCAUCGUGUUUGUCACAUGAUCCGCGCCCGGUGACUGUGGGACCUCUUGACGAGCGGUUCACACCCGACCAUUUGAAGGAAGGAGAGCAUACCAGGAAAGAAGCACCUCCGUGCGGUCCAUCGUGCUGCUUCCUGCAGCCUGACAGCGCCCUUGAACAAACACUAUCUUUGACGCCGUCCGAGAGGGCUGAGAUUCGCGUGGUACUGCAGUUGGCGUCGACGGCAUCGUCUUGCGAGCUCGCAAUGCUCUGCCGUAGACCGUGUCUGGAGAUACCUGCAAUACGCAAAGCGUUGGCAUUGACACCUCUCGAUAGCAGCGCUCCGAGUACUCGGGCAUACGACGAUGCAGCUGCACCCAAAUUCGAGGAAAGCAAUGCUUCCCAAUUCACACCGAAUCACCCCUGCGACCACGCCGGACCGUGCACCGCACAAAUCCAGUGCGCCUGCGUUCUCACCAAGGCGCACUGCACGAGGAACUGUCGAUGUUCGCGCCAAUGUAACAGGCGGUGGGCAGGCUGCCGAUGCGGACACAAUCCUGCAAGAGCCCGCGAGCGACGCUCGUGUCUGAUCGCAACCUGCCCUUGUCGGCGCGCGGGUCGUGAAUGUGACCCGGAGUUGUGUGCGCCGUGUUUCGAUUCGGUAAGGGAGCAGCGGCCAGGGCGUGUUCAAGUUGUGUUCCCUUUGAAAGGGAGCCGCCCGAAUACGUGUCGGAACUGUCAGAUUCAGCUGGGUUGUCGAAAGGCUCUGGAAGUCAGACGCAGCGAGUUUGGGAUGGGCGUCUUCCUCGCCGAAGCUGCGAGGGAAGGCGACCUCAUUGCAGAGUAUACGGGGGAGCUGAUCUACGAAGCCACUUUCGAUACCCGAGGCGACCUAGCAAAGCACCGAGGGCGCGACUAUGUGUAUAACCUUAACGAGUCCUUCAGCGUCGACGGCACGUACGCAGGGAACGAGACCGCUUCAUCAAUCAUGCGCCGCAGAAGAAAGCGAGCGGUAGAGUGGCUAUAUUCCUGGUGAACGGCGAUCAUCGAAUUGGUGUUUUUGCUAGAAAGAGCAUACCCGCUGGCACAGAGUUGACUGUCGAUUAUGGGCCAAGCUUUCCUAUAUGACUUGUGAUUUUUGGACCGGUGCCCUGUUGUAGUUGACGAUUCUAGAUUCUGUAUCGCAGCAUACCAUACUCUUGUGAUCUUCA